GCAAUGGGGCCGCAACCAGAGCAACCGCAGAUGCACUUCAGUCCCAAGGUGGACUACAUCCUCAUCCUGGACAAGCUGCGCGAGGAGUUCAACAAGAAGUUCGCCACGAACACGCCCUCGCCUAACACGGGCCUGGAUGACUACGAAGUGAAGGCCACCCUGGGCUCGGGCUCCUUCGGCAAGGUGCAGCUGGUGCGGGAGCGGGAGACGGGGGCCUACUACGCCUCCAAGCAGCUCAGCAAGGACCAGAUCAUCAAGACCAAGCAGGUGGGCCACGUGAUGAGCGAGAAGAACGUGCUGCGCUCCAUGAUGUUCCCGAACGUGGUCAACCUGAUCGCCUCCUACAAGGACUUCGACAGCCUGUACCUCGUCCUGCCGCUGAUCGGCGGCGGGGAGCUCUUCACCUACCACCGAAAGGUGCGGAAGUUCACCGAGAAGCAGGCUCGCUUCUACGCCGCCCAGGUGUUCCUGGCCCUGGAGUACCUGCACCACUGCAGCCUGCUCUACCGCGAUCUCAAGCCCGAGAACAUAAUGAUGGACAAGAACGGGUACCUGAAGAUAACUGAUUUCGGAUUUGCCAAGAAAGUGGAGACCCGAACGAUGACUCUGUGUGGCACGCCGGAGUACCCCCCCGAGAUUAUCCAGUCGAAGCCCUAUGGAACCAGCGUGGACUGGUGGGCCUACGGAGUCCUGAUCUUCGAGUUUGUGGCCGGCCACUCGCCCUUUUCCGCCCACAACCGCGAUGUGAUGAGCAUGUACAACAAGAUCUGCGAGGCGGACUACAAGAUGCCCAGCUACUUCAGCGGGGCCCUCCGCCAUCUGGUGGAUCACUUGCUGCAGGUGGACCUGUCCAAGCGGUUUGGCAACCUGAUUAACGGCAAUCGGGACAUUAAGGAGCACGAGUGGUUCAAGGACGUGGAGUGGAUCCCCCUCCUGAACCAAACCGUGAAUGCGCCCUAUGUGCCCAACAUCAGCAACCCGGAGGACAUCUCCAACUUCGACAAGGUCUCCGAAAAGCCGCGGCCCAAGGCCAAAACCAUGCGCCAUGAGGAAGCCUUCGCGGAUUUCUAACUUUCGGUGUUUGACUUGUGUUAGACCGUUUGACUUUGUGAUUUUUGGCAGCAUUAGCUACACUCGUCUCCAAA